ACUACGUUUCUAGCCGGGGGAGCCACCGGAAUUUUGGCCUCGACCGUAGAACGAUGACGUUCCUCUGUUUCGUGUUAGAUCUCCGCAGCUUGCCGCUGCCGUUGCUGAAGGAUUUUAGGCAGAGCCUGCUCCAACUCGCGAAUCUGUACGCCAUCUCUUCGCCUAGUCGUGGAAGCCGAUCUCAAACUCCUGGUGAUCUGAUCGCACUUUGCUACAUCCAGAGAAACCGAUCCUCUGACAUUGAUGAGCUUGAGAUUGCAUACAGUCCAAGAGGGCAGUUUAACCUUCGUGACUUUCAUCACGCUGUAAGCAGCUUGCCAGAAGAUUGCUUCCUCUCUGAUUUGGAUGCGUCAAAGAUACCUGAGGCGGAAGGGCCAAUACUCUCAAAGCUUCUCCAUGGCGACUACCUUUACUCUUGGGGUGGGAAAGAUAUUGCAAGGAAGGUGUUUGUAAUCAGCUCACUACUACUAGAAAGUAUGGAAUAUUCAAGAGAGAUGCUUGCGGAUGCUGCCAGUAAAAAGGUUAGGCUUGAAUUUAUACUCAUCGAAAGAGGGGAUACCACAACCAAUUUAUUCAGCCAAGCAUCUGAGAAAGUCAAAGAUUUUCUUGACUGCAUGUCUAACAUGAAAAACUGUGUAUUCCAUAGGUACUCAUGGGAUGACUGGCUCUUCAGUGGGUUUGUCAAAAGUUGGCUUCAAGAACUCAAGGGUGACAUCGAGGAACCACUGAAGGCAACUUUCUACUUCAAGAAUACAAUAAUGGACUCAGGCAAUCAUUUCUCCUGCAACUUGUUUGCAUCAGCAGUCCACAUGGUGGAUGGAUUUGUUCCUUGCCAGACAUGCAGGUGUCAUGGCUUGCCUGCUGGCAGUGCUGCUGGUAGAACGAGUAUGUCCUGUCCAGUCGCAAACCAAGAACUUGCUUUAAGUGAAUUAAGUGAGAUAGGAAUAAAGGUUGGAGAACGAACGAUUUUGCACCUCCCCUCUUUCCAAAGCUACUCAGAGCCUCAAAGGGUUCAUGGGCACAUCAGAUUUAACGUCAUUGAACGGACCAGCUUAUGUUCCCUUAGUGAAGGUGUAAUACUAGGAACUUCAUAUUUUGCAGUUCCUUGUAAUGAUGCUGAGUUAUCUUCGGCUGAAUGUGGGAAACAAAAUCUGAACACACAGCCAGUCUUUCAUGGCAUUUGUGGAGCACUGCAUUCUCUAGACCAAGGGUUAGUUUGCACAUCAACUUGCAAUACGGAUACAAUGAGAGAAUCAAUCUUCACUUUUUUUUAUCUACUUCAACCCUCGGACAAAGGACCCAUGCUUUUACGGAAGCUGGCUGGGUCGGAGGAAAUUUUGACUAUUCCUGAGCGUGAUGGACUAUCGCCAUCCAGUGAGGUGACACAAAUUGAGAGCUCCAUUCAAGCCAACUUACUAAAGAUUGGACUGAGAGACUACAACCCUUUACAGCAUGAGCUUGGAUUUCACAUGAAGCUGAACGCCCUUGUAAAGGAAAGCCUACAAAUCGGGGCAAUAGUACCCAGACGAAGUAAGCCAAUCUCUAAGCCUGAUUUUCGGAGAGCCGUAGAACAAAGUCCAAUACCCACUAUGCUAGAGAGCCAAUUUGAUGAGGACGGACAUAUGCUAACGCAACUCACCGAUGAAGGGCGCAAAGCAUGUGACGAUGAGUGGGAGCAAUUGGUCGUUAACGAACUGAAUGGUAGCCUAUCCCCUGCUUUGCGGUCAGUCGGAGAGCUCGAGGUCAGAUCGCCCGAUGAGUCUCUUGCUGAGAAAACUUCAAGUAUUCUAGAAAGAUUAGAGCCUCCAAGAAGCCAGACGCCGAGUCCAUCCUCACCGAAUGUGGCAGUUGAUAAUCUCAAGAAGCAGAUGACUGGACCACCCUGUGCCUCUAUGAAGAAGCCGUUGGUACCCUUUGAGCAAAGUGAUCAUGAAAGAUUAUACUCUUUAAGCCAACCUCUGAAGCCAAACUUCCAGCGGUUUAAGCGGAACAGGAUUUUUAAUUUUUCAUAGCUUGCGAAUGGGUGGGAAAACAACUCGUCUAAGAAACCUAUUGACUUGAUUCUCAAUAAUAUCAAACGUUUAUUGGUGUCUCACAUGGUUUCCUAACUUGAUUUUCCUGGAAAAUUGAAGAUCUGAUUCUUUUUGCAUUAUUUUAAGAAGAUAACAGGCACAAGGUGGAGCGCAACCACUGGCCAUAUUAUCAAUUUUUUCACGAGCUUAAUCGGUGACAUGGAAGUGUUCUGACUCGGAUUUCUGAAAGUGAGCUUCCCUAGGUUGGACGUCCUUUGGCCUUGUUCAUUUCCCGCUGGUUUCACUACUUUCCCCUGUAAUUUCUGCCCCGGUAAGAAUACUUUAUGAACCUCAUCUCACUGGAAAAUGUUCAUUUUUAAGUUUAAACAAAAACCUAAUAAAAAGCGUGCAUGAGUUCUAAGCUAGGGGGUAUCUUGCCUAAGGCGUAAAGGUUUUAUCUAUACGCUACUGUUUCGUUGACCAUAUUUAGAACAGUUUUUGUAUUGAAGCUGUCAGACAGGCCAUUUUCGCCAAGGCUUAAAAAUUUAUACUCUGCUCUUUCGUUCGCCACAAUUUUAACAGUUUUUGGUUCUGAGGCUAUUGGUUAUUGCAAUAUCUGUUUGAAGUAAUGAGGCGAUGGAACAAAGACAGGUCGGCACAACUACAUUGGGGAAUUGUUAGAUCCACCAGCUUGCAAGUUCUGAACUACUCCAAAGACCAGAAAAAUAUCUGUGGUUCACCGCCCGGGCGAACAACCCAGCGAAUUCAAGGGGCGGCCCGCGGUCGCCAACAAAGACAGAAACUAAGAUCAAUGAAAAGGACAGAAGGUCGUUGAUAAUCACAUCUUCCCAUCCAUUGUAACCACUAUUUCUUCAUUUUUAUCUGGGAAUACAGAACCAAAAUAGCUUCACUGCACAACUCUUGAAGUUCGUCAGAUGCUCGUUUAUUUUCCAGUUCUCCUGCACAUUUCAUUCUUUCGUAAAACAUUUAACAUACUUUUCCAUAAAGCAAAGUGCUUACUCUCGAUUU